GCGCAGGCAUGACCCGCGCCUUUGGCGUCCGCUCCGACUCCGCGACGUGGCCGCUGCCGACCAUCGCCUUCCUGGGCGGCACGGGUCGGAUGGGCGUCCACCUCUGCGCGGCGUGGGCGAGCGCGGGCUACGAGGUGACGAUGUGCAGUCGUGCCAAGGAGAAGGCGCAGGCGAUCGUGGACUCGCUGCUGAGCGGCGCGGGCUACCAGGAGAAGGCGAGCAGCGGCAGCGUCGGCGAGAUUUGCGUGCCGCCUUGCCCGGCGGAGGGGUGGAAGCUCAAGGCCGGCACAAACACGGACGCCGCCGCGGCGGACAUGAUCGUGCUAGGGACUCGGUUCGACGCCGCGUGGCCGCUCCUCGAGGCCAUCGCGCCGCAGAUCCGCGGCCAGGGCAAGCUCAUCCUGGAUAUCACCAACCCCCAUCUCGCGUGGACGAUGGGCGGCUCGAGCGGAAAGAAGGGCGCCGCCCUCCUUCCAAAGGAUGGGCCCCAGAGCUCCAUCGAGGUGCACAAGGCCAAGCUGGACGACCCGACGGCGAGGUGGGCGGCGGCGUACAAGACCGUCUACUGGAGCCUCAUCCUUCCCACUGGCCCAAAGAACCCCGCCCGGCCAGGCGUCGAGGUGUUUGGCGAUGAGGCGGCGCUCCCAGCGGUCUGUGAGCUCGUUGCGAUGCACGGCUGGCAGCCGGUGGUCCGGGGCGGCUGCGACGUGGCGGCAGACUUCGAGGGCGGGACGAUGAGCGUCAGCCGCUUUCUGGGCAACAUGAAGCGCGAGAUGUUUCAGGGGGAGAAGCUGAGCGUCGGGUGGUGACCGGCGGUUGCCUGGUGUUGUGCGCGUGGGUUCGCUGCGCGUUGUGGCUUGUGGCGGCACUCAGCCGGACGGGCCGGGACUCGGGGCGGCGCGCGUAGCGAGCACUCUCGGACUCUCGUGUUGUUGCGCCACAGUACGUUGUGUCAGUGCG